AUGAGGCACCUGGGGGCUACACCCAGCGUCUAUGGUGGGGCUGGAGGCCAUGGCACUCGCAUCUCUGUCUCCAGAGCCGUAGCGAGCUAUGAAAAUGAUCUCGCCACCAGAGGAGACCUGUUAGGUGGCAAUGAGAAGCUGGCUAUGCAGAACCUCAAUGACAGGUUGGCAAACUAUCUAGAAAAAGUGCGCUCUCUGGAGCAAUCCAACACCAGUCUUGAAGUGCAGAUCAAGCAGUGGUACGAAACCAACGUGCCAAGCACCGUCCGGGACUAUAGUCCCUACUACAUGCAAAUCAAAGAGCUGCAGAAUCAGAUUAAAGAAGCUCAAACACAAAAUGCCCGAUGCGUCCUGAAAAUUGACAAUGCUAAGCUGGCUAUGGAGGACUUCAGACUGAAGUUUGAGACCGAGAGGGGGGUGCGUAUGGUUGUGGAAUCUGAUCUCCAAGGCUUGAACAAAGUUUUUGAUAAUCUGACCCUUGAAAAGUCAGACUUGGAAAUUCAGAUUGAAGAACUGAGUAAAGACCUGGCCCUCCUUAAAAAAGAGCAUCAUGAGGAAGUUGAGGUCCUUCGCCGGAAGCUAGGCAACAACGUCAGUGUGGAGGUGGAUGCUGCACCGGGCCUGAACCUGGCAGAGAUCAUGAAUGAGAUGAGACAGAAAUAUGAAGUCUUGGCGCAGAAGAACCUUCAAGAGGCCAAAGAACAGUUUGAGAAACAAACUGAAACUCUGCAGCAACAUGUCACAGUGAACACACAGGAGCUGAAAGGAACUGAGGUCCGCAUCACGGAGAUGAGACGCACCUACCAGAACCUGAAGAUUGACCUUCAGUCGGAAAUCAGCAUGAUUGAGUCUCUGGAGCGCACCCUGGAGGAGACCAAGGCUCGUUAUGCCAGCCAUUUGGCAGUCAUCCAGGGAAUGCUGAGCUCCCUGGAGGCACAGCUGAAGCAGGUCCGGGCUGACACAGAACGCCAGAACCAAGAACACAAUACCCUCCUUGACAUAAAGACCCUGCUUGAGCAGGAGAUCGCCACCUACCGCCGCCUUCUGGAAGGAGAAGACGUAAUAACUACAGAGUACCAGCUGAGCACUCCGGAAACGAAGGAUACCAAGAAAACCAGGAAGAUUAAGACGGUCGUGGAAGAAGUGGUGGAUGGCAAAGUCGUGUCCUCUGAAGUCAAGGAAAUAGAAGAAAAUGUGUAACCAGCUGCCAACAGGGAGGUGGCUCCAGCUGUGGACAUCACAAAAACAGCAUCAAUAGUGUGUGGUGAUUACAAGGUGGGAGGGCAGUCUGUUUAUCAGUCUCGGUAAUUGAAUAUAAAUGUUUCAUUCUGAGGUAAAGUGCUUGCAAGAUUGAGGCCAGUGAGUACUACACUAUUUAAGGUAUCGUCACUGUCAUCCUCAUUCCAAGGCUCAUUCAUCAAAAGGCCAGUUCAGUUAUACUAAAGCUCUCAGGUGGAGGAGUUCAAGCAAAUUGCAAAUAAACAUCUCUGUGCUUGGGUUUUGUUUUUCAUGGGUUCUCCGGAG